AUGGCUCGGCCGUGUUCGUGCGCGUCGGUGGGUCGGUCUGCGUGUCUGUCUAUGGGGUUUCCGAUGACUCGCGGCGCUGCGGCAGCGGCGGGACCGUCAGGUUUCCCAUCCACCUGCAGCCAAACGCCCGCUGUGCUGCUGCAUUGCGCCGCCUGCUCCGCCCGCGGUCGGGCGUGUGCCGCCGCCGUCCGCCCGGGGAAGAUGGAGAGCCGAACCGGGCCGCUCACGGUGAGAAGGGCCGAUUUAAACGCACCAUUCCGGGCUGCGGCAGCGAUCCGCGCACCGCCUGCGCCGAGCGGUGAAGGGCAUGUCACCUCCCUCCAAAAGGGCUGCGGCUUCCGCCUAGACGACGCCACGCAGAAGAAACGACACCCGGACGCGACGCGGAGGCGACAGAGACGCUGCUUCUGUCCGCUACCCGCAGGACGACGCGGCGGCGGCGGCGGCGGCGCUUUGCUCCGAGUGCUCCUUAGACCUGCGCCGUCAAGGUGGACUACGAGGCCGGAAGCGCUAAGCGUGCAGCAAUUUCAAAAUAAGAGCACCCACGCUACGCGUCUCGUCUUAGUCUGUUUUUGUAUCGGGACCGUUUCUGCGCAGAGACGUGAACACAGUGAAUACAAAGCUUCCCCUCAUAAUGAGGACGCCUAUUUUGCUCACACACGGACCAAAAUAAUCUUAGUUAUUACAUCCAAUCUUCGAAGCGUCACGCGCCUAGUGUUCAUGAAAUGGAAAAUCAUAUUAGUAUUAACAUUUAUACAAGUAUUAUUGUUGUUAGUGUUCGUAGUGGUACAACGUGCGGCGUAUGGCGACAAUCUUUCUAUUUCCGGGUUUAUUCUCCACUUGACCAAGCUCUCGCUGCGCUCUCCUCCACACAUUAACCCUUCAGGCCCCGGAAGGAAUUAAAGCAGACGGAGAAGCUGCAGAGAAAUACACAGAAACGUCAGGUCACAACACAGAGUACGAUCACCACAACUCUGUGGGACAAAGAGGUGAUGGGAGCAAAACACGCUUCAGAAGAUGGAAAAAGCUGGACGUCAUAGCACAAAUCAAUAUGAUCCAGGCAUAAACAAUGCACAGCAAGAUUAUAAACAGGCUUAUUUUGUGCAUCUUCAACUGUCACGAACAGAAAAGAGCCCCACAGAGCAACUGACAGAGGUGAAAGGCAGCCGCAGAGUGAAAGGUCAAAGGUCAACUGUGAAGCAUAAAUAGAAACUAAAUACAGCCUUUAGCUGAAACCAAGGAAACCAGCAGCUGAGAUCUUUUUGAAAACCUUGAUUAUUUGAAAACACGUUCCUGACUUGUUGCAAUACAAAAUCAACUAUAUAAAAAUAUACAAUGCAUAACUUUCUUUAAACAGGUCAACACCUUGAUGCGCACCACGCGUACUGAACAUAUACUGCAGACCUGAGAGCAGCUCUAAGAUGAACUAUGAACAACCACGAGUUGUGUAAACAUGAAGCGCAUCAUGUUGUAACAUACUGUGUCACAGUCACGCUCGGACUGAGUCAGAUGCUGGUAUGAGACAGGCGCCACGUGAGCAGCCGGGGUUGAUCGUCCCAUGGGAUGGAGGGAGGGAGGUGCAGCCUGACACCCUACACAGCAGCGCCUCAUGGUCAGACCAAUGGCUCAGAACAGAACAGGUACCUCACUGUGCGUCUGUGAAUAUUUCCUAAUGUGCCUCAUGGUUUAGCUGAACUUGUGUCAGUGGGAUGCAACGCCGCCAUCUAGUGGAGGAAGGCGCCUGUGCAUUCAACCCUUCAAACUAUGGUUCUGAACCGUUUGUCAUUUAAUGGUAAAACAUUAGCUUAGUGUAGCAUGGAUUAUUACUCAUCUCAAUGUCAAAAUGUCCGUAUUCUACAGCUCUGUAGCAAAAUGAGUUUAAAAGCUAGCUCUGUAGCGCCUGCCAAAGGGGAGGAGAUUAAACAGUUUGU